AUGUAUAAUUUUGCUUAUUAUGGCUCCCUGAGUAUGUUCAGACUACUGCUUGACCAUAGUCCAGAAUACGCAUAUUUGCCAGACGAGGAGCGAGUGGCCCCGGUCUGCAUUGCCGCCCGGCAAGGGCAUGCUGAGCUCGUCCGGCUCUUGGUUGAUGAGUGUAAGGUUUCGGUAAAUGUAACCUGCAAGCACUUCAAUAAUACAACCCCACUGCACCACGCUACUGCUGGCGGGAAUAUCGGCAUUGUCAGAAUCCUCCUCCAGAAUGGAGCCAAUCCGGACGCAAGAGGUGGUGAUCUGAAUGCGUCUCCUCUUUGUAUCGCCGCACAUAUUAGAUCAUAUCCUAUCGUCAAGCUACUAAUUGAAAAUGGAGCUGACGUAAACGUGGCUGACAAUGGUGGUCUAUUUCCCCUUCAUCAUGCUGCUCACAAUGGACACAUGGAAAUGGUUUCAUUGCUACUCAAGCACGGUGCGAAAGUAGACCCACAUGAAAACAAUAGGAAAUCGCCACUGUGGCUUGCUGCUCAAUUUGAAAAAACCGAGAUCGUGAGAGUUCUAUUAGAGAAUGGCGCCAAUCCUGAAACCACCGACAUCAAGUUCGCCCGACGCCCACUCCAUCAAGCCGCGCUGGGCGGGCAUCUUGAAAUAGCCAGUAUGUUGCUAAAGGAAAAGGUGGAAGUCGACGCAGUCGACGGCGGUGGAUGUACACCUUUACUACUCGCUGCACAUAAGGGGCAUCUUGAACUGGUCAAGAUGCUACUGGAAGCAGAAGCGAACGUCAAUUUGGCAGAAAACUACGGGACCAACGCUCUAUGGAUUGCUGCUCAACUGGGAUUCACCAAAAUUGUGAAGGUACUACUGAGUUACAACAGUUUUGUUAGUUCAGCUGGUCCUUCCAAGCGAUAUCCAAUUCACCAGGCUGCGCAGAAUGGGCAUUUGGAGGUUGUGAAAUUGCUAGUGGAGUAUGACCCGGGGUGUGUCAACUGUCAGGAUGAGCAAGGAUCGACCCCGCUCGAUAUUUCUACCAUGGGAAAUAAUCCUGAUAAUAGAGCCAUAAUGGACUAUUUGUGCGGAUUUUGGUGUCUUACUUGA